AAAUGACAUCCUCUGUGGUAUUAAAACACAAACGGCUUUCCAUUGAAGUUGAAGUACUACUAGCAAGAAGACAUAUGAGAAUGUUUUACAUCUGAUAGCAUGGAAAUUCCCCUCCACAGAAUUACUACAGCUGAGAUUAUCCACUCAGUAGAUGUGUCAUCCCAUGAGUCAUAUCUCACAUAAUAAUAAUACACAUUAAGAAAAAAAAAAAAAGCCAUGGAGCUAUGGGCAGAUACAUGCACCACCAUUAAUUAAGCACACAGCUCAUCCUUUUGAAACUGGAAAAAUUUUACCCACGUUAUUUUCGCACAUGCCCAACUGUAUGAAUGAACAUUCCUUCGCCCCUUCAGAGCGUGAAGUGCCCUCGAGAGGAAUCGGCGCAGAGCUCUGGUCUCUCCCGACCGAGCCUAGCCCGGCACGCAGGCGGGCCGCCCAAAGUGCCCCGAUUCCCCUUAAAAACUCCAUCCCAAACUUUGGAGGCGGGCAGGGAGCUCUGAGACCGCGGGGCCUCAGGGCCGGGCUGAGGGACUGCGCAUGUGUGGGCAAGCGCAGCAGCUCAUUUUCCGCGCUACCUGGCGCAGGCAGCGCCGCCGCUGCGCGGCACUGCGCGGCCACCUGUUGCGCGCCGCGCCUCGCUCCAAAGUGACUCCGGCGUCGCUCCGGCCACGCUCUCCGCCAGCCCCCCCAACUCCCCGCGGCGGAUGCGGUCGCCAGACUCGGUCCCCCAUGUCCCCCCCUAGAUGUCGCCGCGCUGCGCUUUUUUUUUUUUGCGCGGGGACUGCGCGCCCCGCUGCCGCCUUCCCCCCGCGCAACAAAGGCGCUGCUGCCGCCGGACCCUCAGCUGCUGUGGGCUCGGGAGGACGACAAGAGUGACAACGACAAACCCGUCCGGAGCCUCCCGCUUUGGUCCGCCGCUGCCCCCGGACCCCGCCGGAGCGGCCGCAAGGUGUGCGGACAGCGCCCCGCUCCCGACGGCUUCGGGGGAAGCCGGAGACUCCGGCGUUCCCCAACAAAGUGUGUUGACAAGCCACUGCUGGAAAGGGCUGGGAAAAUUACAUCUCGUCUCUGGUGGGGUGAAAUAUGAAACAUGUAAUCUAACGGUUCCUGAAGGGGGGGGGGGGGGGGGGGGGGGAGGGGAGGAAGAGGGACUUCUCUCCCUCUCCCUCUUUUUCCCUGCUCCAGGUUCCUGGUUGGAUAAUUUGGGUUAAUACUAGUGAGUGAGCCUUUUGCUGCUUCAAAGGGUAUUUCAAGUUGCCGGAGCUCCUCCCCUCCGCACCGUGUGACAACAACAACUCGUCCAGAGAGCGAGCGAGCGGCGAGCGGCGGCGGCAGCUUGCACUUCCCAGCUCAUUUUCUCUCUGUCAUUCCCCUCUCAAUCUUUGAUCAAUGUACUUGCCAGAGAGAACCGAAGUCCUUCAAACCUCCUCCUAUUCACCUUCGUCUUUAACGUGGUGCUAGAGCAAGGACCACAAAAAGAAACUGCCCUCCCCCCUCCCCUCGGCCCCAGCCCCGCCGCCCGGAGCGGACUUCUCCUCCUCCUCCUCCUCCGUCCCCACUUGCGGGACACUUUGUGCGUUUCUCUCUCUCACUCUGCCCCCUGCUCUCUCGCUCGCCGCAGCACCUGAUCCGGGGUUAUUCCCCCCUUCUUCUCCCCCCUCCUCCCUUCUCCUCUCCUCUCCUUUUUUUUUUUUUAUAUAUUUUUUUAAUUUUUUCUCCUUUCCCCUGCGUGUGUGUGUGGGAACUUUCCCCCCUCCCCCUGCCCCCCUCCGCCGUAUAUGUGACCAUGGCCGUACCGGCUGCUUUGAUCCCUCCGACCCAGCUGGUCCCCCCUCAGCCUCCGGUCUCAACUUCUGCCGCCUGCACCACCACCACCACCACCUCCUCCUCGGCGGCGGCGGCGGCCACCUCCUCUCCGUCUCCGUCCAUCGCUCCCCCGCCGGCCGCUUCGGGGACAAACCUAUUCCGGCCGGAGCCCAUCGCAGCGGCGGCGGCCACAGUCACCUCCACCACCACCACCACCGGCGGCGGUAACGGCGGCGGCGGCGGCAGCCCCAGCCUGGGCACCGGCAGCGGCAGCACCGGCAGCAGCAGCGGCAGCAGCAGCAGCAGCGGCAGCAGCACCUCCGCUCCCAAUGCCAGCGCGGCCAGCGUGGCCAGCAGCCUGCCCGGCAAGCCCGUGUACUCGACCCCGUCCCCGGUGGAGAACACCCCCCAAAAUAACGAGUGCAAGAUGGUGGAUCUGAGGGGGGCCAAAGUGGCCUCCUUCACCGUGGAGGGCUGCGAGCUCAUCUGCCUGCCCCAGGCUUUCGACCUCUUCCUGAAGCACUUGGUGGGGGGCUUGCACACGGUCUACACCAAGCUGAAGCGGCUGGAGAUCACGCCCGUGGUCUGCAACGUGGAGCAGGUCCGCAUCCUGCGGGGGCUGGGGGCCAUCCAGCCCGGGGUCAACCGCUGCAAACUCAUCUCCAGGAAGGAUUUCGAGACCCUCUACAACGACUGCACCAACGCCAGUUCUAGACCGGGAAGGCCUCCUAAGAGGACUCAAAGUGUCACCUCCCCAGAGAAUUCUCAUAUCAUGCCACAUUCUGUCCCAGGCCUAAUGUCUCCUGGAAUCAUUCCGCCAACAGGCCUGACAGCAGCAGCUGCAGCAGCAGCAGCUGCCACCAAUGCUGCCAUAGCAGAAGCAAUGAAAGUGAAAAAAAUUAAAUUGGAAGCUAUGUCCAACUAUCAUGCAAAUAACAACCAGCAUGGAGCAGACUCUGAAAAUGGAGAUCUGAAUUCAAGUGUCGGCAGCAGUGAUGUUUCUUGGGAUAAAGAAAAACUUCAGUCUCCCCCCACCCAGGGAUCACAGUCCUCUGUUAACCACCCCAACUUGCCUGGACAGCAUAAUGUUCCAGUUAGCCAUCCUCUCAACCCUCUUCAACAGAAUCACCUUCUGCCAAAUGGACUGGAACUUCCUUUUAUGAUGAUGCCCCACCCAUUAAUUCCUGUGAGCCUACCUCCAGCAUCUGUCACAAUGGCUAUGAGCCAGAUGAAUCACCUUAGUACCAUUGCCAACAUGGCAGCAGCAGCACAAGUGCAGAGUCCUCCAUCCAGAGUUGAGACAUCUGUUAUUAAGGAACGUGUUCCAGACAGUCCUUCUCCUCCUCCUUCUCUUGAAGAGGGUCGAAGACCUGGCAGCCACCCAUCCUCUCAUCGAAGCAGCAGUGUGUCCAGCUCUCCUGCACGGACUGAGAGCUCUUCAGACAGAAUCCCAUCUGUCCAUCAGAAUGGCCUAUCUAUGAACCAAAUGCUGAUGGGCUUGUCACCAAAUGUCCUUCCUGGACCUAAGGAGGGUGAUCUGGCUGGUCAUGAUGUGGGACAUGAGUCAAAAAGAAUACACAUUGAGAAAGAUGAGACCCCGCUCUCCACACCAACCGCAAGAGACAGCCUUGACAAGCUUUCUCUAACUGGGCAUGGGCAACCGCUACCUCCAGGUUUUCCAUCUCCAUUUCUAUUCCCGGAUGGAUUGUCCUCCAUAGAGACCCUUCUGACUAACAUCCAGGGUCUACUAAAGGUUGCUAUAGACAAUGCCAGAGCUCAAGAGAAACAGGUCCAACUGGAAAAGACAGAGCUAAAGAUGGAGCUCUUCAGGGAACGAGAACUGAGGGAAACACUUGAAAAACAGUUGGCUGUGGAGCAGAAGAACAGAGCAAUAAUUCAGAAAAGGUUAAAGAAGGAAAAGAAGGCAAAGAGGAAAUUGCAGGAAGCACUUGAAUUUGAGACUAAACGACGGGAGCAAGCAGAACAGACACUGAAACAGGCAGCUUCAACAGAUAGUCUCAGGGUCCUAAAUGACUCUCUGACCCCAGAGAUAGAAGCUGACCGCAGCGGGGGCAGAACAGAUGCUGAAAGGACAAUACAAGGUUCACUAGAUGCCUAUGCCUAGCUCCCAAUCCGGUUUCCCAAGACCCCCUCAUCCCACACAAAAAGAUGGAAGACUUUAUUUGAAAACUGCUGUCAUGUACUGAAUUUUUCCUGCUGAAGAUACCUGUGCUAUGGUAAAGAACUUUGCAGUAAGACAUUCACCCGUAAGGAGUUCUGUGGAAACAAAGUGUUUUCAAGGCAACUUCCUCAACUUUAUUCAUCAAUGUUCUUCAAAAAUGUAAGGAAUUCUUCAAGAGUGUCCUCCUUUGGUUAUCUCCUGUGGCUCAACCUGGAGAUCUAGAGAAUGUUUGUAAAUGUACAAUAGCGUUCUUCUUACAGCAAAAAUCUGCAUCUGUGCACCGGACUAUUGUACCAAAACUACAGGCAGGUCAGAACAAGGCUGAGUAUUCCCUCUUUCAAGGAAUGCAAACUCUGUCCUCCUCUAAUGAUUCUAUAUUUGAGCACAUCAAAUGAUCCUUCCAGUGGUGUCCAAGUACACUUAUGGACUGUUGUAUCAUACCAAAACCAGCAUGACAGCUCAGAAAUGAACUUGGAGAGGGCAUAAGAGGAUUCUUAUUAAAAAAAAAAAAAAAAAAAAAAAAGGAAAAAAAGAAAAAGAAAAAAAAUGAUACAUUCAGUUUUCAAACUAUGAUCGUGGGUUUUCUUCUAAAGACAUUUUUCCACAUGCUUUCCAAGAGACCAACACAUGUAUGUUAGACUACAUUAAGUAAAAUGGAAUUUUGUGUAAGUGAAAAAAAAAAGCCGAAUGUAAAGAAAUUGUUUUACUGUUCACAAAGUCUCUUUUCCUAAAAUAAUAAUAAUAAUAAUAAAAAAAUACAAUAAAAAGAGUAAUAAUUUCUCAUUGUAAACUGGCAGGGGU